AUGAAUAAACGACGCGAAGCAGAGAUGUCUAAACUGAGACGAGAUCUCGAGGAAUCCAAUCUACAACACGAACAGUCUAUGUCUGCCCUCAGAAAGAAACACAACGACUCCGUCGCUGAACUCAGCGAACAGGUCGACCAACUCAACAAAGCCAAAGCCAGGGUUGACAAGGAAAAGCAACAAAUUAAAGGUGAAUUGGAUGACGUUAAGGCCAGUGUGGAACACCUGUCUAGAGAUAAG